AUGACAUCGAACGAGGAGCCUUUGGGCUACAGGUGGCGUUCCUCAAAGUCCUUCGUCAUCGCGUGUAUUUGCAUAGCCCUGUUCACUGAAUCUUUUCUCUUCAGUUUCAUGGUUCCUAUCCUACACCACAUGUUUGUAGAGCGCCUCCAUGUUGACCCCCUUCGCAUCCAGUUUUACACAUCUGCCACUCUCGCCCUUCACGGCCUCACGGGAAUGAUCUCGAGUCCCAUCAUAGGGCAUUUCUGUGACAAGCAUCGUAAUCGGAGGAUACAACUUCUGAUCUCCCUCGUCGGAUGCUUGGUGGCGACCAUUAUGGUAGCUGGCUCUCGGUCCCUUUGGGUCUUUUUCCUCGGCCGUGUCGUGCAAGGUCUGCUAGGGUCCGCUGUUUGGGUCAUUGGCAUGGCUACCGUUGCGGAUCGAUUUGAGAAAGACCAUAUGGGGAGAGUGAUGAGCAUCAUCAUGGCGUUCGUUAGCACUGGCAACGUUGCGGGGCCGGCGAUUUCGGGAGUGCUCUUCGAGAACGUCGGGUACUGGCCGACCUGGUGUGCCCCAUUUGCCGUGCUGGUUAUUGACACUAUUGCGCGUCUGGUCAUGCUGGAUGAGAUGGAUGAGCUGAGGGCGUUCUCAUCACAGUCUUCCUCCGUUGGCAGCCCUUCUAUCGCAGAAAAUAUUAAUGAUGCUCGGCCGCUUCUGUCCUCCGCCGCAGAUAGCAAGCAAGGCAGGCUGAAUAACAGCAAGGUUUCCUUCUAUCGCGAUAUGCUCAGCAAUAAACGUGUGCUGACAUGUCUCCUGAUUGGCGUUGUAUCUGGCUCGAUCCUGACCAGCUUGCCGACUACAUUGCCACUGCACGUACAGGAAGUCUUCCAGUGGGGAACCGACAAAAUUGGCCUGUUAUUUCUUUGUCAGGAAAUCUCUAUGAUAAUUCUUGGUCCCUUGUCUGGAUGGCUACGUGAUCGAGUAGGGCUCCGAUAUCCUGCCACAGGCAGCAUGGCCCUUCUUUCCCCAUUGGUGUUCUUCUUAGGUGUGCCGGGCAGGAAUCAGCAUUUCCCAUGGGCUAGUGCCGACUCUGCCAGUGGUCCAGCCAUUUAUAUUGCAUCUCUGGCAGGUAUUGGGGCAGUCUCUCCCUUCCUAAGAGGCGUCGCCGCUUUAGAGCUGACAGUUAUUAUCAAGGAGCGUCAAGCAGAAGACCCAUAUGUGUUCGGUCCGAAUGGUGGUAUUUCACGGGCGUAUUCGAUGUCUGCUAUCGCCUCUACAUUACCCAGGAUGGUGGGUCCCAUCAUAUCCGGAUAUCUUCAUGUUACGGUCGGGUACUUCUACAUGAACUUGAUAUAUGCUUUCAUCGCGAUCUUGCUUUCGGUCUCGGCAUUCUGCUUCUUGUCAGACAAGAAGCGAUCUCGACCAACCUCUUCUGACGCCUCAGCCUAA